AUGAGGUGUUCUCCAGUGGAGGUAAAGCUGUCACCAAAUCCGUUACCGCUGACAGCUUUGGUUAGCUUUCCCGGAUCGGGUAAUACAUGGGUGCGCCAUAUUGUUCAACAAGCAACAGGUAUUGGAACUGGAAGCGUGUAUUGUGACAAAUUUCUACGGGAUCAUGGAUUUCCCUUUGAAUGUAUCAAAAACGGCUCUGUAGUUUUGAUAAAAACACAUGAAGAAAAGAUUUCCGAACCAAACCUUCGAUUUUCCCGUAUAGUUCUCCUACUUCGAAACCCAUUUGAUGCAAUUCGGGCGGAAUUCAAUCGACGUUUUUCUAAGGAAAAUCACACAGGAUUCGCAUCCGAAACCAGUGUUAAGAAAGACUGGCCACGUGUUUCAAGGGAAAUGAUUACUACCUGGACGAGAAGUAUCGUAAAAUGGACGAGUUUCCAAGGACCCAUCCAUGUGACAAAAUAUGAGGACUGGAGAGCAAAACUAGAUCAAGAACUACCCCGGCUUCUCCAGUUUAUGGACAUUUCUGUAUCGAGGCGCCAAUUGUUGUGUGCAGUCCGGAAUUCUGAAGGAUUGUUUCAUAGGAAGGCCGGUGGAUCUUCUUUAGAAUUUGACAAAGCAAGUCGCGACAUACUCAACGCAAAAAUUCAGUUCAUUUUUCGCAAAACAAAGAUAAAGUUUUAA